GAAGUUGUUCAUCAUACGAGAAAAUGUUGCGUUUUCGGUUAUUAACUAAUAAAAGAGCAAAACCCCAAAAGAAGCGGAGGGAAGAAAGAUCACUGGUGGGGGAAGGACGAUUGGGUCUAGGGAAUGUGAACGCUUCAACUGCAUUCUUUCCCGGCCUGGUCUCUCUCUCUGCCCGUUUCCAUCAUAUCCAAUUCUGUGUCAAAUUCGGUUCUAGGGUUUCGAUUCUCUCAGAGAAAGUUUGCUCCUUUGUCAUCAGCUGCGUAAUACCCAGAUGGCCGAUUGACGUCGGAGUUUUUUUAUAAAUAAAAGAGGAAACUCUGGAGGAAUUUCGAGAUUCAUCAGGCGUGGAGAUCCGAUCUGAGGCUGAGCUUUCUGGGUUUGAUAUAUACAGUUUUUUUGGUUUUCCCUUGGGGGAGGGAAAAUGAGCGCUUCGAGGUUCAUAAAGUGCGUUACGGUCGGUGAUGGAGCUGUCGGGAAAACAUGCCUUCUGAUUUCUUACACCAGCAACACUUUCCCCACGGAUUACGUGCCAACGGUUUUCGAUAACUUCAGCGCAAAUGUUGUAGUAAAUGGAGAAACCGUUAAUCUGGGAUUAUGGGACACUGCAGGGCAAGAGGAUUACAACAGGUUAAGACCGCUGAGUUACCGCGGGGCAGACGUAUUCAUACUGGCGUUCUCUCUGAUAAGCAAAGCCAGUUAUGAGAACGUGGCCAAGAAGUGGAUUCCGGAGCUGAAGCAUUACGCUCCAGGAGUCCCCAUCAUCCUCGUUGGAGCCAAGCUAGACCUACGAGAUGAUAAGCAGUUCUUCGUAGACCAUCCUGGUGCUGUCCCUAUCUCUGCAGCGCAGGGAGAGGAGCUCAGGAAGCAAAUAGGAGCGCCCACAUACAUAGAGUGCAGUUCCAAAACUCAAGAGAACGUGAAGGGUGUGUUUGACGCGGCAAUCCGAGUAAUCCUCCAGCCUCCCAAGCAUAAGAAGAAGAAGAGCAAAGCCCAGAAGGCCUGCUCCAUCCUAUGAACAACACACGCUCUUUCAUACAAUCCUUUUCAUGACAUCACUCUUGUUUCUUUUUUUUUUUGGACCUGGUCAAAUGCAGAAAUGCUCAUUCAUGCUAUAUAACUUUUUUUUUUUUUUGGGUCCUGAAAAAAUUAAAUGGACCAUAAACAAUUUAAAUACAAAUACUUGGUGAAAAAAGUAGGCCCAACUUGAAAGCAAUGGGCAAAGGCUAAAUAAAUAGCCCAUUAAUCAGGGUCGGAUCGGAGGGAAGCGAAUGUGCGAUGGUUACCCCCAGGCGCACUUGGAACACGUUUUCUUCACGCGCCUUUGUUUGUGGGUUUCCAACAUCUGAAUCUGCUUAUGUAAUUACUUGUAACUAAUUGCAAAGAUGACUAGUUUCCUGUUUGGGAAUCUGAAAUCA